AUGCACACGGCGGAACAGGCACACGGCGUCGGCACGUGGAAGAACCGCGGCCUCAGCACGGAGCGGGGGGUUCCGAGGCGAUGGAGUCAAGCUGUGCUCACAUUGAAGUUUUUUGAAGCGCUCUUCCGCCCAGGGUCGGAAUUCUGCUUCCGCAACUUCACCAGCCCGUCCGGCAUGAUCGACUCGCCGGGCUUCCCCGACAAAUACCCGCACAACCUGGAGUGCUCCUACAUGAUCAUCGCCCCGCCGCGCAUGGACAUCACCCUCACCUUCCUCACCUUCGACCUGGAGAACGACCCCCUGCUGGUGGGAGAGGGCGACUGCAAGUACGACUGGCUGGACGUGUGGGACGGGCUGCCGCAAGUGUCGCCUCUGAUUGGCCGGUACUGCGGGACAAAGAUCCCCCCAGAGAUCCAGUCGUCCUCCGGCCUGCUCUCCCUCUCCUUCCACACCGACAUGGCCGUGGCCAAAGACGGCUUCUCGGCCCGCUACAACAUGACGCACAAAGAAGUCACCGACUCGUUCCACUGCAGCAUGGCACUCGGCCUGGAGUCGGGCAAGAUCAGCGACGAUCAGAUCAGCGCGUCCACGACCUUCUACGACAGCCGCUGGUUGCCCCGGCAGGCCCGCCUCAACAACGACGACAACGCCUGGACGCCGUCAGAGGACAGCAACAAGGAGUUCAUCCAGGUGGACCUCCAGUUCCUGAAGGUUCUGACGGGCAUCGCCACACAAGGCGCCGUUUCAAAGGAGACCCAGAAGUCCUACUACGUCACCACCUUCAAGCUGGAAGUCAGCACCAACGGGGAGGACUGGAUGGUGUACCGCCACGGCAAGAACCACAAGAUCUUCCACGCCAACACCGACCCGGCCGAGGUGGUGCUGAACCGCGUGCCGCAGCCGGUGCUGGCCCGCUUCGUCCGCAUCCGGCCUCAGACCUGGAGGAACGGCAUCGCCCUGCGCUUCGAGCUCUACGGAUGUCAGAUCACAGACGCUCCCUGCUCGGACCUGCAGGGCCUGCUGUCCGGCCUGCUGCCCGACGCACAGAUCUCGGUGUCCUCCAGCCGGGACAUGGUGUGGAACCCCAGCACCGCCCGCCUGGUGGCCAGUCGCUCCGGCUGGUUCCCCGCCCCGGCUCAGCCCCUGGCGGGAGAGCAGUGGCUGCAGGUGGACCUCGGCGUGCCCACGACGGUGCGGGGCGUGAUCACCCAGGGGGCGAGGGGAGGAGACGCCGGCAGCGGGGCGACCACCGACAACCGGGCGUUUGUUCGCAAGUACAAAGUGGCUCACAGCCUGAACUCGAAGGAGUGGAAUUUCAUCAUGGACUCCAAGACCAGCCUGCCGAAGAUCUUCGAGGGGAACACGCACUACGACACCCCGGAGCUGCGUCACUUUGAGGAGACGGUGGCCCAGUUCGUCCGGCUGUACCCAGAGCGCUGGUCUCCAGCGGGGAUCGGGAUGCGAGUGGAGAUACUGGGCUGUGACCUUCCAGGUAGGACGAGCAUUUGA